AUGGCCUCAUUAGCUGGCGGGAGUCCAUCAAUGCCCGCGCAAAAGCCGCCGUUGGAUCCCCGAUCAGUUAUUAAUUGGCAGGCGCCUUGGCGCCUAAAAUCAAACCACGAUCACCCUGCAGUCAAGCUACUGAAAAUUUCAGCUGGCACAAAAAACCUCAAGUUUGGCAAAAUAAUUCAUGCCCAUUUGUUAGUAUCCGACCAAGCCUCCGAAAACAAUGUUGUUGAGAACAAUACUUUGCUUAAUCUUUAUGCCAAAUGUGGCCAAUUAUCAGGUGCACAACGGGUGUUUGAUGGAAUGCGGAUGAGAAAUGUGGUGUCAUGGGGCACCUUAAUGGCUGGGUAUUUCCAUGCUGGGUUUUGUUCAGAGGUUCUUGAAUUGUCGCGAGACAUGGUUAAAGUGGAUAAUUUGCGGCUUAAUAAAUAUGUGUUAUCCACAGUUCUUUCUGGUUGUGCCGGUGAUGGCUUGUAUUGUAAAGGCCAGCAAUGUCAUGGCUAUGCGGAGAAGUCUGGGUUGAUUUUCAAUCAACAUGUGAAGAACGCACUUGUGUGUAUGUAUUCGAUGUGCGAGGAUGUGGAUGGGGCUAUGAGGGUUUUUAAUGGGGUGCCUGGCUUGGAUAUUUUCACGUAUAAUUCGCUUUUGACUGCACUUUUGGAACACCGGUCUUUGAGUGAAGCAUUGGAUGUUUUUAGGAAGCUGCUAGAGGCGGAUGUGGAGUGGGAUGGUGCCUCUUACGUGGGUGUUUUGGGCCUUUGUGCUUGUCUUAAGUAUUUAAAGUUGGGCUCACAAGUUCACAGUAGAAUGUUGAAAUCCGGUUUCAAUUCUGAUAUGUUUGUAAAUUGUGCAAUGAUAGAUAUGUAUGGAAAAUUUGGUGAGAUUACAAAAGCAAGAAAAGCUUUUGGCUCAUUAAAAGCUCGGAAUGUGGUCUCUUGGACUGCAAUCUUGGCUGCUUGCUUACAAAACGAGUGCUUUGAGGAAGCACUAAAGCUAUUCUUUGAGAUGGAAACUGACGGUGUUAGGCCAAACGAGUACACAUUUGCGGUGCUGUUGAAUUCCAGUGCUAGCUUAUCAGCUGUAGCAUAUGGAACUUCAUUACAUGCACAUAUAGAAAAGGUGGGGUAUGAAGAUUUCGUCAUAGUGGGGAACGCUUUGGUUAAUAUGUACUCGAGGAAUGGAGAUAUUGAAUUGGCUUACAGCGUCUUUGCAAAAAUGCGGUCUCGAGAUCCUAUUACUUGGAAUUCCAUGAUAUCUGGUUACUCUCACCAUGGGCUUGGUAAGGAAGCCCUGACUGUGUUUCGUGACAUGUUAGCUGCAGAAGAGAAACCAAAUUAUGUUACUUUCAUUGGGGUUCUCUCUGCUUGUGGACAUUUGGGUCAAGUAGAACAAGGGUUCUACUAUUUGAACCAUUCCAUGAACAUGCUCGGGAUUGAACCUGGUUUGGAGCAUUAUACCUGUAUUAUUGGGCUUCUUGGAAAGGCUGGACAACUCGAUGAAGCUGAGAAUUUCAUGAGAUCAAUGCCAGUCAAAUGGGACAUUGUUGCCUGGCGAACUUUGCUUAAUGCUUGUCAUGUACAACGGAAUUAUCGUGUAGGAAUGCGAGCUGCAGAAGUCAUCUUGCGAAUGGAUCCUAAUGAUGUGGGAACUUGUAUCCUGUUGUCUAACAUGCACGCCAAGUUCAAAAGGUGGGAUGGUGUUGUCAAAAUGCGGAAACUAAUGAGAGAAAGAAACAUUAAGAAAGAACCAGGAUUGAGUUGGACAGAAAUAAGAAACAAUACCCAUAUCUUCAUUGCAGGUGAUAACAAGCACCCAGAGUCUGUUCAAAUUCAAAAGAAGGUUAGAGAGUUGUUGGCUGAAAUAAAGCCACUUGGUUAUGUACCAGAUCAGGCUUCUGCACUGCAUGAUGUUGAGGAGGAGCAGACAGUAGAUUAUCUUACUUUCCACAGCGAGAAGCUUGCUAUAGCGUAUGCACUGAUGAAGACACCUCCAAAUGCACCUAUUCGUGUCAUCAAGAACCUUCGGAUAUGUGAUGAUUGCCAUUCUGCAGCAAAACUUAUUUCAAAAGUUACAAACAGGCUCAUUGUCAUAAGAGAUGCUAAUCAUUUCCAUACUUUUCGCAAUGGAAUUUGUUCCUGUGCAGAUUAUUGGUAACAUUUAAAUAUCAAAUCAUCUAGGGGCGAUCAAAUGAGACUAUUGUUUGCGAGCUGCAAGUUAUGGCAUCGAACUGGCUGGCUCGGUUAGCUUGACCAACAGUCUUGAAGGUCUUAGCACUAAUGCCAAUCUUUACAUAAGAUUCCCGGGAAUCCCAAUGUGAGGCCCAUGGCAACAGCAGUUAGAGAGUUAAUGAUAUCUGAGAGACAGCGCGACAGCUUGAUAUUUCUGAACCAUUACCUAUAGGUGAAGGUUAACUCAGCUUUUCAAGGAUAAGCUGUAAUUCCUCGUACUCUUGUGUUAAUUUGGAUUUCCUUGCUUUUCACCAAAUGCAUUUAAUUUUAACCAUUUAUAUGUAUAGCGAGUGCAAAAUAUGAAGUCUGCAGAAGCACUUUCAAUCUUUCAGAGGCGCAUCACUGGCAAAGCUUUGAAAGCUGUACACAAGAGAUCAUACUUCCCGGAGGAAUUUAUUCAAUGAAAGUCAGUUAUUCAUUUGCAAAGCCUUUGACUCUGUUAGGGCUUGUUAUGCCCAAAGUGAAAGAAACCAAACCCCUUUCUUUUCUAAGUUUUGCAUUUCUGUGCUACAAUCAAGCAUAUUGAUUUCCUAAUGAUUGAUAAUAUUUUUCUAUUCUUCCAUUUUCCUCUAAUAUGUUGUUUGCUU